CUACGCUUGUACUUGACCUUGACUAUGUUCCGUGCUGCAGGAGCUGUUGCUGGAGUCUGCCGUGUGGCGUCCACCGGCGUGCGGAGCAAGACGACGAUUGUGGCCGAGGGUGCGCCUGCUGCUAUCGGGCCGUACUCGCAUGCGGUGACGAGCGGAAAGAUGGUGUACACCUCCGGCUCGCUUGGUGUGUCGGCCGAGGGCGAGCUGGCUGAUGGGGUCCAGGCCCAGACGCAGCUGGCGCUGGAGAACCUCGGCGCUGUGCUCAAGGCUGCGGGUGCCAACCACGGCUCGGUCGUCAAGACCCUUGUCCUCCUCGAGACCAUGGACGACUUCCCGGCCGUCAACGAGGUCUACGCCCAGUUCUUCCCGGAGAACCCGCCGGCUCGCUCGUGCUUUGCCGUCAAGGCCCUGCCGCUCGGCGCCAAGGUCGAGAUCGAGGCUGUUGCCGAGAUCGUCGAGUAGGCGGAGCUGCUCUGCACCGCCACCGCCACCCCCACACUGCGCAGGGUAGAGGCAUGAUAAAUGGCAGCGCUGCGC